AUGUCACACGAGCUGCUGUUCAUAUUCAUUUUGGCAUUCACGACGGCAGUUCUGGAAGCCUCACGACUUGGAGAUACAAGGCUUGUGUACCCGCGUUUAAUAGAGUCUCGCAGUUCUGGUAAUCUGCUGACGCUUUUCAUCAAUGAGAAAAUCACAUUAUCUUUGCAACCAGUCGACAUUUUUCCGGAUAAGUUUUUGCUACAGUUCAAUGAUGGGGAAAUCUCAGUAAACCAAUACAUUAAGGGUGCGGAACUUAGAAAGAUGGUAUAUUAUGAUGAGGAUCAAAGGGCGGUUGUUUCACUUAAAAAAGAUAAUGGACUGCACGUGGUAACUUUAUAUUUGCUUGAAUUUUAUGUGUUGUUAAAACUACAAAUAUGA